GAAAUGUACACUGUCACGUGACGAUCGGUUUUCCCGCCGUUUUAAGAAACUUUUGGAGCCAAAUCGUCUUUGUUUCUGCUGAAAAUAUUCCCGUUCGACGAUGCCGCCGAAAGAUUACGCUGUUGAAAAAGAGAAAAUCAAGAAUUUUCUUCGAGACUUUGUAAGCGACGAUGAUAAGGAUGGAAAACGUUCCACCUAUGCUGAGCAAUUGAAACUUCUUGCACACCGGGAACAAGUCUCGUUGGUGAUAGAUGUUGAUGAUGUUGCAGAAUCCGACCCUGAUUUGGCAGAUGGCAUUGUGGAUAACACCCGCAGGUAUAUAGCUCUCUUCGGAGAUGCUGUCCAUGAACUUCUUCCUGAGUACAAAGAACGAGAGGUUGUAUCCAAAGAUGUCCUCGAUACUUACAUUGAGCACCGAUUGCUGAUGGAACAGAGGAAUCAACGAGCUGAUGGUGGACCUGGUGUCACACGAAACCCUCGCAACAAAUAUCCACCAGAGUUAAUUAGAAGAUUUGAAGUGUACUUCAAAUCACCAUCACACCAGAAACAGCUUUCCGUGAGAGAAAUCAAAGCCGACUGCGUUGGCAAAUUGGUGUCAUUGCCUGGAAUUGAACUCGGAAUCUUGGAGUCAGUAGCCUGCGCUCUUAACCACUACGUAUGUUUGUCUUUGCAGAUCUCUUCCCCUACUUUUAUGCCAUUGUUGAUGUGUCCCAGUCAGGAUUGCACAACAAAUAGGUCCGGAGGACGUCUUUAUUUACAGAGCAGAGGUUCAAAAUUCAUCAAGUUCCAAGAUCUAAGAAUUCAAGAACAUAGCGACCAAGUACCUGUUGGCAACAUUCCACGCAGCAUGACUGUUGUCUGUAAAGGGGAGGUAACUCGUCUUGUGCAACCCGGUGACCAUGUCAGUAUCACUGGUGUAUUUCUUCCUAUGAUGAAAACUGGCUACAGUCAAAUCAGUGCUGGUCUGCUGUCUGAUACAUUCCUUGAAGCUAAUAGGAUUAUUAAAAUGAAUAAAACUGAUGACGAUGAGAUGGAUUCCCAGCAAUUGACAGAAGAUGAAUUAAAAACAGUCGCUGAGGAUGACUUCUAUGACAAACUGGCCAGUAGUAUUGCCCCAGAGAUCUAUGGUCACGAUGAUGUGAAGAAAGCUCUGCUACUUUUGUUGGUUGGUGGUGUGGAUAAGUCCCCACAAGGGAUGAAAAUUAGGGGUAACAUCAAUAUUUGUCUGAUGGGAGACCCUGGUGUCGCCAAGAGUCAGCUUCUUUCCUACAUUGACAGAUUGGCCCCAAGGAGUCAGUAUACAACUGGUCGUGGUUCCUCCGGUGUUGGUCUCACUGCUGCUGUAAUGAAGGACACUGUGACCGGAGAGAUGACAUUGGAAGGCGGCGCUCUUGUCCUUGCUGACCAAGGAGUCUGUUGUAUUGAUGAGUUUGACAAAAUGAUGGAUGCAGACAGAACUGCCAUUCAUGAAGUUAUGGAACAACAGACAAUUUCCAUUGCCAAAGCUGGAAUAAUGACGAGCUUAAACGCCCGUGUUUCCAUCCUUGCAGCUGCCAAUCCUGCCUAUGGAAGAUAUAACCCAAAGAAAUCAUUAGAACAGAAUAUUCAGCUUCCUGCUGCUCUUUUAUCAAGGUUUGAUCUUUUGUGGUUGAUACAAGACAAACCUGAUCGGGAAAAUGAUUUACGGUUGGCCCAACACAUAACAUAUGUUCACCAACACAACACCCAACCUCCAGCACAGUUCAAUCCACUCGACAUGAAAUUAAUGAGACGUUAUAUUGCCUUAUGCCAAUCAAAACAACCAGUUAUUCCUGAAAAUCUUUCUGAUUAUAUUACUGGGGCUUAUGUUGAAAUGCGCAAAGAAUGUCGUAACAGUAAAGACACUACUUUUACCUCUGCUAGGACCCUGCUUGCCAUCCUCCGACUGUCCACGGCUUUGGCUCGCCUUCGACUUGCGGAUGUUGUUGAAAAGGAAGAUUUGAAUGAAGCUAUGAGACUGAUGGAAAUGUCCAAAGACUCGCUCAAUCCACAAUACGAUAUGUACACCAGGAGUACCAAUGUGACUGACCAGAUAUUCUCAAUCAUCAAAGACAUGGCUGCUUCCACACCUGGAAGUAAAUCCCUGAAGGUUACUGAUGUGAUGGAAUUGUGUAUGGCAAAGGGCCACAAACCGGACUCCGUUGAUGCUUGCAUUGAAGAAUAUGAAGAACUCAAUGUCUGGCACAUCAAUGCAGCUCGCAACAGAAUCACAUUUGUUUAAAUUUUUUUUCUUCUUCUUCACUCCUGUUUUAAUUUUUAUUUUUAUUUCAAUUUUUUUUGUAUAAAAAUAUAUUACAUACUCGGAA